UUUGAUGUUCCAAUUUCAUUCACGUGGAAGCCGAUUGUAGGGUCACCUGAGGACGUUACCAUAUUCGACGUUUGUUUCUAGGCCUCCGAGUAAGUGACGUCCAAUCUAGCAUAAGCAGGUGGGGUCUCGAGACUCAUGUCUGGAUCCUGUUGUGGUUCUCCAUGUCUGAUGUGACGACCGAAAGAUGCAAGACGCUCGCAAGUAAAACCAGAGCUGGAUUCCAGAUGAUGAACGCCCACCGAACCGUGUGUGGACAUGGCGAUUAGGAAGGGGAUGAGGGUAGGAGAAGGGCGCAUAUUCUGGAAUCUUUCUCUACGCCUCCACUAACUGAUUACAAUUAAGACGAAAAGUUACCUUUUGAUUCCGCUCAGUGGCGUCUUAGCAGUGGGAAGUGACCACCAAACCACCCAAGACAUGAAAACAGAAAGCGGUGAGGCCGGGUAAGAGUCCUCUAAGAAUCUGCUCAGUGAUGAAUCUGAUGGUGCCUGUGGAGCGUGUCUGCUGCUACUGCUAGCAUGACAACAUCUGUUCGAUUUCGACAAACUUCAACGAGGAUCCAGAUUUGGCGACCAUGACGAGAAUAGUCACCGAAAGUGCUCCCUUCGAAGUUCCCGACCCCUAAAGUGAGUCGGUUCCUACUCACUUGCUAGCGGUGCCAUUCAGAGGGACUGAAUUCAGCCCAGCCCAGUAAAGCCCAUCCCACACCCCCAGGAGGAAACAGAAACCCUAAGGCCAAUAACGAUGACAACGUGAAUUAUGGACCUGCGGGAGGAAAACGACUUGCCUCGACUUUGACUGACUUUAUUCCCCUGUGGAGAAAUGGUUGACAAAUAUCUAUCCAUACGGGAAGGAAGAUCCCUCGGAACAAUGCAUAUUCUAUUGACCGCUCGAAAAGUAAGCCGUUGAGACUCAGAAAGUAGAGGGAUUCGACCUCCAUGCAAGUUGCACUGGAUUCUCUUAGAGGCCUUUCGAUCCAUCGACCUGCAGGCUACAACCCUACGAGCAUGCCGAUCGUGAGGUGACUUUAUUCUUGAACUUCUGAACAGAGUUGACGAACAGUUUCAUGGAUGGACGCGAGUCUACUCAUAAACAAUUCAGAAUAUGAUGGUUAGCGACAAGUUGGCGCCGCAUUUCAUGAAUCUGAACAUCAUGUGUCUUUUUUCUUUAAUUUUUAUUCCACCAUAAAAUAUUGCGCGCGAAAAAACUGUUUCUGUCAUUCUUUCAGCCUCACUCCAUCACCAGACUGAAAAGAGAUUGCAGCAGUCCAACACAAAUGCAGCACGGAAGGAAAAGCGGACACUGGGGGAGGAAUGCAAGGAAUGGAACCUUUUGGGGGCGUAACUCUCCGCAGGAGCACUGUGCGACUACACCAGGCUAGGGUUCGAAUGAAGGGUUGGUCGUCGUCGUGCAGAAGCCUUAUCAGCGCCUUUUGUGAUCAAAUCGACCAUAAAAUACUUCAAGUACAUAUUUCGGGCAUUGUGUGCAUAAAUGCAAAUUAUCUCAAAAGGUGGAACAAUACAACUGCCUUGAUGAUGAUGACCGCACCUGAGUCUGAAAACCCUAAAUCCAGUCUGUGUACAUUAAAGCAAGUCGAACUUAGAGAGUUCGGGAAUUUGGGAGCUGCACUGUUUGCAACUUCGCAACUGCUGUGGAGUUUUUCCAACAUAAACCUCAUUGAUUUCGGUGUAAAUGAUCACCUGCUCAUCGUCAUUCCUGUGUACCGUAUUCCGUGGAAAUGA